GGCGGGACUUGUUUUAGUGUUCACGAGUUAGGUCGCUGGUUAUUCUUGUUAUCGCGUGUGCACUUUUGCCGUAAUAUGUCUUACGGUUAUGAUGAGGAUACUGUUGUAGAUGAGUUUUCGUCUAUGGCUAUCCAUUCAAAUGGUCCAGAUGGUGGUGGUGCCAAACUUUAUGUGCCUCCUCAUUUGCGAAAUCGUGGGACUUCAAAUGAUCUCGCAGACUCUGUAAAUGAUUUUAGUCAAUUUAGUCGCCCUUCCCGUGGUACUGGUGGUGAUAAUUUUCGUGGACGCCCUUUUCGUGGUUCGUAUAGUAACAGGGGAUCAAAAGUUGGGAACGAAAGGCAGCAAUCUGACUCACGGUGGUCAAGCUUCAACGUGAAUACUCAGUCACGGGGUGGUCAUUCUACUUUGGGGUCAAAUGUUCCCAGACGCAGUUGGAAUGCACCCACUGAAGACUGGACUCAACAGUUGCCACGAAACGAGCGUACAGAACAAGAGCUUUUCAAGAAAGCUAGCGCAGGCAUAAACUUUAACCAAUACGACAACAUUCCUGUAAAUGCAACGGGGCCAAACUUUAACGACAGUGCAUCAACUAUAUCUUCAUUUACCGAACUUUCACUUCAUAAAAUUGUACGUGACAACGUUGAACUGGCCAACUAUGAGCGUCCUACACCUGUACAAAAGCAUGCUAUACCAAUAAUUGCAUCAGGUCGGGACCUAAUGGCAUGUGCACAAACUGGUUCCGGAAAAACUGCUGCAUUCCUUAUUCCAAUCCUAAACAACAUGAUUAAGCAAGGUCCCGGUGAUUCUAUAUGCGCCACUAUAAACAGCAACCGAAGAAAACAGUUCCCUGUAGCUCUUAUACUGGCUCCAACCCGCGAAUUAGCAUCGCAGAUUUUUGAUGAUGCUCGAAAGUUUUCCUAUAGAUCUCUUAUCAGACCAUGUGUUCUUUACGGUGGUGCUGAUAUGAGAACGCAGUUGAUGGAGUUGUCCGAAGGCUGUAAUCUGUUAGUUGCUACUCCAGGUCGACUAAGUGAUGUUUUAGAACGGGGUCGAGUCGGCUUAGACCAUUGUCGGUACCUUGUUCUUGACGAAGCUGAUCGUAUGUUAGACAUGGGGUUCGAACCACAGAUUCGUCGUAUUGUGGAGCAAGAUGCUUUCCCACCUUCCGGCGAGAGACAGACGCUUAUGUUCUCGGCAACUUUCCCCAAUGAGAUUCAGAUUUUAGCCAAAGAUUUCUUAAGCAAUUAUAUAUUUUUGACCGUUGGACGUGUUGGGAGUACGAGUGAAAAUAUCACGCAAACGAUACUUUGGGUUGAGGAGAAUGCUAAACGAGAUACUCUAAUCGAUUUGCUUGCUCACUCAGAAGCAGGUACACUAACAUUAGUUUUUGUUGAAACAAGACGGGGUGCAAACGCUCUUGAAAACUAUUUAUACUCACAGAAGUUUCAAGUUGCCAGUAUACAUGGAGAUCGUACUCAGGAAGAUCGAGAAUUAGCGUUGUCUUGUUUUCGUUCGGGAAGAACGCCAGUGCUCGUUGCAACAGCAGUCGCAGCUCGUGGUUUGGAUAUUCCAAAUGUCAAGCACGUUAUCAAUUACGAUCUUCCGUCAGAUAUUGAAGAGUAUGUACAUCGCAUCGGCCGAACUGGUCGUGUUGGAAAUCUUGGACUGGCUACUUCUUUUUUCAAUGACAAAAACCGCAACUUGGCCCGUGGUCUAGUUGAGUUGCUUGAAGAAGCUAAUCAGGAUAUCCCGCCUUGGUUGAAAGCAAUUACAGGAGACGUAAGGCCUACAAGUUUCCAACGUCCAAGAAACAAUCGUCGGUAAUUUUACAACUCAUCUCUGAUUUCUUACAUUGCACAAAUUGUCAUGACUACUGGGCCGUCUAGAUCAUCUCAUUAGGAAGUUAGGGUAAAGCAUUCCGAAAAUUCUGUUCCGUAAUAAUACUACGUAGUGAUUUAAAAUAUGGAGACGACUAAGUUUCAUUUAUCUUAAGGUUUAAGGACGUUGCUUGGACACUACGUUUCGUAAGUCCAUAAAAAUAGUUACUUCCAGACUUUAUUUUACAAUUAUACUUUUGAGUGUUAAAAGAGAUAACGCCACAGGAAGUGGCAAAGUAUCUGAUUGACUUUGUUAAACCUGACAGACGGUAAAUGCAUCAACUGACAAAACACAGAUAAGCUAUCUCGAUAUCACUAAAAUAUGAUUUUCAGCUGACUGUCCAAUAAUGAGUGAAUUGUAACUAACCCAGAUGGUAAUCUGCGCAUUAUUCCACAACGAUGCUGCUAGCUUCAAGAUCACAGGCUAAUCUAAUUACAAUAAAAUUUGUUUGUCUACCACGUUGUUUGACAGUAGUAUUGAGCGGGUGUGCCAAAUAAAAUUUAUUUGACUCAUGCUGAACCAUUUAACUUGCAGUUUUGGAAUGUACACUGAUCCGUUUUCCAUCCUUUGAAUUAGGAGUGGUCAUUUUGUCAUGUCAUUACUGUUGGUUCUUUUGUUAUAUUGCUGAAUAUAAUUAAACUUUUAUUUCAGUGGCGGUUUUGGUGCUCGUGAUUAUCGACAAACUCCCUCACGUGGUGCUAAUAGUUCUAAUCGUCCUACUGGCCCAACGUCUAGAGACUAUGGAUUGCUUCGCGAUAGUAGCUACUACGAUUCCCAACCAUGCUCGGUAUCACAGAGUUCUCCAGACUGGUGGGGCAAUUAGCGGUCAUAAUUAACUACCAUGAACAAUACACAUUUUGAUCCUGUCGUUUUUUUAUAAUUUAAAUCAUUUUCGACAAUUUUUACAUCAGCGGAAGCUUGCUUUCAUAAUUUACUUUGGAAUUCACGCCACCAAAUAGGUGCAGUUGUUGUCACUUCCCAAAUUUAGUUUUGAUUACCAAUUCAGUAUGUGCAUCCAUGUGGGCAUAAUAGCGGUAAUUCUCCAUAGAUAUCAUUUGUGAAUUGCCGCUGUGCUUUUCAAAACCUGCAUUUAUUUUUGUCAAGGUGUGAUUUUCCCAGUGAAUUAAGACGAGUUGGACCGCUUUUUGGUAUUUGGAAAAAGCUUGUAUUGAAUAAAAAACUAGAUUUAAAAA